CCAGGAACCCUGGAGUGGGCCACUGCUGGUACAGCAUGGCAGAGGCUAGUGAAGAAGUGCCGGGGUCUAACUCGGAUACAGAGGCAGAAGUAGAAAGGGAAGCCCCAAAAAUAAAACAGCGGGUUACUGCUAUCACCGAGAAUAUGAAGACCCCUUGUCAACCCCAGGACAAAGAACGUGAGAAGGUGCAGAAGAUACUCUCAAAGGUUAAAUUAGCCCUUCAGCUGAGUGCGGAAAAGCGUAAGAAGAGGAAGUCAACAAUACUGGUCUGUUACCACAGGCAGAGUAAAAAGAAGAAUGAAAAUCAGCCAAAGGAGGAAGAAGAAAGCCCGACUCCCGACCCAGGCAGUGCUCUAUGCCUACCAGGGGUCAAAGACCUCGAAGUAGCUGUUACCUCUCCAGAAACAGCGCUGCAGAGAUGGAUGCUCCGUUAGAGGUCAAAACUUACAUGGUCACCUGUGUGGAGACCAAAUGAAUUGCAUGGGUUUUGAUGAAUAAAACACCAACAGAUU